CACACACACACGUACACGCACGCACACACGGAACAUCCUCCCGCCGUCAGGUUUCCCUGUCCAGCCCCGCCCGCGCCUCCUGCUUCCCGCAGACCUUUCUCCCUGCAUCCCUACACACCUCGCCUCUCCAUUCUUUCCGGCUCUGGGACCCUCCCCUCCGAUCCCCCCUACAACACUCCGGGAUGGAGCGACUCGAGCCCGCCCGGAGCCCCCCGCGGCCGGGGUGAAAGUCUUCCGCCCCUCUCCCGCCCGGUACUCGCCUCGAGCACCAUGGGCCUGAGGGGUUCCCGGGGCGCUGGACGCUGAAAAUGACGGAUGCUGGAGCUCUCUUGAGUCAUGGCUUCGUCAAAGCUCCGAGAACCUGUGGAUGAAGUUUUUGACCUGGACUUGGCCGUACCAGAGACCACCAGACUGGACAGCAGCUUACACAAAGCCCGGGCCCAGCUGUUGGCCAAGGGCCGGAGACACCGGCCUUCCCGCUCCAGGCUACGUGACAGUGCCAGCUCUGCCGAGGAUGGUGAAGGCUCCGAUGGGCCCGGAGGCAAGGUUGGGGUGACCGACGGCUGCGGUAGCCCCCUGCACCGGCUGCGCUCGCCUCUGCACUCGGGCCCCGGCUCCCCCGCCAGCGGCUCCUUCUGCCUGGAGCCCCCCGGCUUGAGGCGCAGCCUGGAUGAGGACGAGCCGCCGCCCUCGCCCCUCGCCCGCUACCGGCCCCUGCACAACGCCGCCUCGCAUGAGGGCCUUGCGGCCACCUCCGGCUCGCCUCCGCGCUCCGCACCCUCCUCGGACAGCUCCCCCAGCUUCGUGCGCCGCUAUCCCCGAGCAGAGCCGCACAGCGAAGAUGACAGCCGGGAUGCCAGCCCCCCUGAGCCUGCCAGCCCCACCAUCGGCUUGGACAAGAAGACUCGCAGAAAGUUCCUGGACCUGGGGGUCACUCUCCGCCGAGCUUCCACCAGCAAGAGCCGGAAGGAGAAGGGUAGCAACCGCCUGUCCAUGGGCAGCAGGGAGUCCGUAGAAGGUUCUGGAAGGACAGGGAGCUCCCCGUUCCUGCCCUUUUCCUGGUUCACAGACAGCGGCAAAGGCUCUGCUUCCUCAGGGAGCACCACCUCCCCAGCCUGUUCCCCCAAACAUGAGGGCUUCAGCCCCAAGAAGUCAGCUUCCCAGGAAUCCACCCUGAGUGAUGACUCCACCCCUCCCAGCAGCAGCCCCAAGAUCCCCAGCGGUCCUCGACAGGAGUCCAAGUGCUCCUAUCCCUACCACACGCUGUCCCAGUCUUCGGAUGAGUUCCUGGAUGAGUCCCUCCCCACCAUACAACACUGGACCAGCCAGCAGGUGGGCCAGUGGCUGCGCAGCCUCAACCUGGAACAGUAUACUGCCGAGUUUGCUGCCCGACAGGUGGACGGGCCGCAGCUCCUGCAGCUGGAUGGGAGCAGACUGAAGAGCCUGGGGCUUAGCAACUCGCAUGACCGGGCGCUGGUGAAGCGGAAGUUGAAGGAGCUGGCAGCGGCUGCUGAGAAGGAACGGAAGGCGCAGGAGAAGACCGCCCGGCAGCGUGAGAAGCUGCGGCGCCGUGAGCAUGAGGCCAAGAAGAGCUAGGGACGGCUGGCGGGGCUGGCACCCCGGUGCACUUGCAGCCACCUGCAUGGGCCUCACCAGGGAAGUAGGGUCUAGGCACCAGGUUCUUGGGGUACAGGACCCCUCUCACCCUGUUUGGACCGAGUCCUCUGGAGGGAGACGCCAGGGAGAGGGCCCAGGAAUACACCCAAUUUCAAGGACUUGUUUGGCACAGAUUUCCAGGGGGAAGCAGGUGGCAGACGAACAGGGCAGAGGCCAGGAACGCAGCAAAUCUGGAGCCCGGAGGAGCCCAGUUCAGGCUGAACCUCUUCCCUCUGGCUAGAGUGGAACCGAACAGGAAGUGAGCUCUCGAGAGAGGCCCUACGUGACCAGGAUUCCUAGGCUCAGAGAGCAGCCUGGGCAUCCCGACGGGAGACAGAGCUGUGUCUCCUCAGCUCUUGAAGGUGGCUGUGUGGUGGGAGAGCAGCUCUCCCCAGAGAGGCCAGUGGGCACUGCAGCAGUCUCACUCAGGGUAGAUUCCCAGACACC